UCACCAGGCAUCAGGUCAUUUGGCUCGACAGCGGGCACCGCGUCAUCUGGCAAGGCAGUGGGCUCCGAGUCAACAGGCACGACAGUGGGCACCGGGUCAUCAGGUUCCGGAUUGUCUGGCUCGACAGCGGGCAUUGGGUCACCAGGUAUGACAGCGGGCACUGGGUCACCAGGCAUCAGGUCAUUUGGCUUGCCAGCGGGCACCGCGUCAUCUGGCAAGGCAGUGGGCACCGAGUCACCAGGUACGACAGCGGGCUCUGAGUCAAUUGGCAUGACAGCGGGCACCGGAUCAGGUACCGGAUCAUCUGGAUCAACAGCGGGCAUCGAGUCAACUGGCCUAAUAGGAUCGUCAGGCUGGAUCAGUUCAUCAUGCUGGGUAGAGGCAUCAGGCUGAAUGCCGGCGUUCCGGCUGAGUAGAGGCUUCAGGCCGAGUAGAGGCUUCAGGCCCGAGUAGAGGCUUCAGGCCGAGUACAGGCAUCAGGCCGAGUACAGGCAUCAGGCCGAGUACAGGCAUCAGGCCGAGUAGAGGAUUCAGGCCGAGUAGAGGCAUC